AUGUCGUUAUUUUCUGUCCAAGCGAGAAAGCAUACUGCUUAUUACGAUCUAAUAACAACAUCGACAGCCAGGACGCCGGGCAGAGGGGACCUGGCAGAGCGGAAGGCGACAGACUCGAUGCUGGGCAGAAACGAGAGGACAUCCGGGGAAUGUGAAGACAGCAGGUCGUCGGAUAAAAGCCGACAGGUGAACAGGACUUAUGUCGUAUCCGCGCUGUCCAAGAGUGGCAGUGGGCCGCAGACACCUCACCGAGGCCGACUCACUCUACAGAGGAGGUCGAGGAGGAGAACCGGGGCUGACCCGGCGGAGAGGACGAUGGUUGAAAGCAGCCAGAACACCACGCCGGCCCCAGCAGAGAAGAAGAGACUGACCUUACAGCGCAGGAGGACCCGGACUCCCUCCAUGGAGAAGAGCACGCUCCGUCAGCGUGGGGUCAGCGGCACAGGCCUGCAGCAGCAGACGCCCAAAGUGCUCGCUGAACCAAACGGUAGGGCUCCAGGUGUCUUCAGGUCCAUGAGUUUAAAAGAUACUUCCUGCAGGAGCAAAGGGAAAGACACAGCUACUCAACUGGAAACACAGGGGAGACCGGCGAACAGCAAGACGCCCCUCUCUGUUUCGUCCUUCACAAGCAGGCAGCUGGAAGACCAGGCCCAGUCUUUUAUAACCCCCACCAAAAAGACCCCGUUUGAGAAAAUCGCCGCCAAGAGAGACGUGUUUGAGAGACUGGCAGCGAAAGAAGCUCCCAAACCAGUAGUUGUCAAACUUCCUAGUCUAGAGAAACCCAAGUCAAGACCACAGCAAGCCGAGGACGUGAAACCUACCCCUGCUCCUCGGGUCAGUAAAGCGUCUACAGGUGUGCUGAAGCCCGGCGUAGCUCAGCAGGUGAGGAAAACCUCCACCUCAAACCAGAGGGGAGACGUGACCCAGGCAAGGACCUCCACACCUGCCCCAGCUCCUGCACCUGCGCCUACCGAGCACACACCGCUCCGAGGCCCCAGUCAGGCCCUGAAGCGGCAUGAUUCAUCCAAGAUGGAAAACAGUGCAGUCACUGUUGCUGUCCGUGUACGCCCAUUCAAUGGCAGGGAAAAAGAAGAGAAGGCCCUGCAGGUCAUCUUCAUGAACGGUCAGGAGACUGUUGUCCAGCAUCUCUCCAAACAGAGCUACUCGUUCACCUAUGACUUCUCUUUUUGCUCUGUGGAUGAGUGUGAGCCCACCUUUGCCAGCCAGCAGACGGUGUACGAGACACUGGGCAAACCUCUGCUGCUGAGGGCCUUCGAGGGGUUCAACACCUGCCUGUUUGCAUACGGACAAACAGGCUCUGGGAAGUCAUACACGAUGAUGGGCUUUGGAGAAGAGGAAGGGGUCAUCCCAAGAUUCUGCCAGGAGCUUUUUGCAAGAUUGACAUCAUUAGAAAAUGAAGAGGUCAAAUGUCAUGUAGAGAUGAGCUUCUUUGAAGUGUACAAUGAGAAGAUCCAUGACCUGCUGGUGACCAGAGAUGAGCCAAACCAGAGGACAAUGCCUCUGAAGGUGAGGGAACAUCCCGUCCAUGGCCCCUACGUUGCUGACCUCUCUGCAAACAUUGUGAGCUCUUACAACGACGUUCAGGGUUGGCUGAAGCUGGGCAACAAGCAGAGAGCAACAGCAGCUACAGGAAUGAACGACAAGAGCUCCAGAUCUCACUCUGUCUUCACCCUGGUUAUGACCCAGACGCAGACUGAAUUUGUGGAGGGUGAGGAGCACGACCACAGCAUCACCAGCAGGAUCAACCUUGUGGAUCUGGCAGGCAGUGAACGCUGUAACUCUGCCCAGACGAGUGGAGACAGACUCAGGGAGGGUGCUAGCAUCAACAAAUCCCUGCUUACCCUGGGAAAGGUCAUCUCUGCCCUGUCAGAACAAGCACUGACCAGAAAGAAGGUCUUCAUACCGUACAGAGAGUCUGUCCUAACAUGGCUGUUGAAAGAGAGCCUCGGUGGUAUCAAGACAGCCAUGAUUGCUACACUGAGUCCAGCGGGCAGUAAUGUGGAGGAAAGCCUCAGUACUCUGCGCUAUGCCCAGCAAGCCCGCACCAUCAUUAACGUGGCGAAGGUCAACGAGGACACCAAUGCCAAACUGAUCAGAGAGUUGAAGGCUGAGGUGGAGAAGCUGCGAGCCGCCCAGAUGAGCUCCAAGGGCGUCGAACCAGAGAGGGUCAGGCUGUUUGAGCAGGAGAUCACCGCCCUGAGGAACAGACUCUGUCAGCAAGAAAGAGAAAUGGUCGAGGCUAACCGGGCAUGGAGAGAGAAGCUGGAACAAGCUGAAAUCCGAAAACGUGAGGAGACCAAAGAGUUGCAAAAAGCAGCUGUUUCAUUCAAAGUGGACAAUCGCCUGCCUAACCUGGUGAACCUGAACGAGGAUCCUCAGCUGUCUGAGAUGCUUCUCUACAUGAUCAAAGAGGGUCGAACCACAGUGGGCAAGCCCAGGUCUGAGUCCAGCCAUGACAUCCAGCUGACGGGAGCUCUCAUCGCUGACCAACACUGUGUUAUAAACAACAUCCAGGGUACUGUCAGCAUCACACCAAUGGAAAAUGCUAAAACCUUUGUGAACGGAAACCUUGUAUCUGAAUCGACCGUGCUACACCAUGGUGACAGGGUGAUUCUUGGUGGGGACCACUACUUCCGCUUCAACCACCCUACAGAGGUGCAGUCUGGGAAGCGGGUUUCAUGCUGGACAGGCGCAGGCGAUGGUCACAAAGACUUUGAAUUUGCCAAAAAUGAGCUGCUUGCAGCUCAAAGAGUUCAGCUGGAGGCAGAAAUCGAAGAAGCCAAUUUGAAGGCGAAAGAGGAGAUGAUGCAGGGAAUCCAGAUGGCGAAAGAAGUGGCCCAAAAGGAGCUCCAUGACCAGAAGGCGCUUUAUGAAGGAAGGAUCCGAACCCUGGAGAGAGAGCUGAAUGGGGAGAAUGAGCGGAAGCGUCAGCAGGAGUUGGACCAGCAAAGGGUUGCCAGCCAAGUGGCAGAGCUGAAGAUGGCCAAGCUGGAGCUCGAGCAUGAGGUGGACACCCACAAGACACGCCUCCGCCUGCACAUGGAGGCCCAGGCAAUGGAAGAACACCGUGUGCGUCAAGCAAGGAUUGUUGAGGCCCUGGAGGCGGAGAAGAGGAAGAUCAGCAGGGAGCUUGAGGAGAUGCAGAAGAAAAGAGCCUUAAGGGAAAAUCACACUCACAGAAACGUCACUCCGCAGUGGGAUGCCAUGAAGUUGUCCCUGAUGAUUGAGGAAGCCAACAAGAUCAGCGCUAAGAUGAAGAAAAAAACAGUCUUUAGCAGACACGAAAGCUCUGCUGAUGGAAACCAGGAGAACGGGGGUCUGCUGCAGGUGCGGGUUCAAAACACAAAGCUGGGGAUCUCAACGUUCUGGAGCCUGGACAAGUUUCAAAACAACAUGGCUGCCAUGAGGGAAUUCGAGCAGGGGGAUCCCACCUCUAAAGAUGACGAUGUGUUCUAUGACCCUGAUGAUGAGUGGGAGCAAGAUAUAUCGGCCUCCUCUUCUGCCACCUCCUCCUUCUCGCGCCGAAGGAGCAGGAGCUUGUUGAAGAGCAGGAGAAUCUCAGGGCGUCUCUACGAGAUCCGGGUCCAUCCAAUACAGAGCCUCCACAACAGCUCCUCACAGUCUGCUGGCUUGAUGGGCGUGGUCAAACCGCCUUCCACCCAUUCUAGCAGCACUGAUUUUUCCAUGCCUGGCAUCUGCAAGGAGCUGAUUGGCCAGUCAGUGGCCCGUUUGCGUGGUUGUAGCGGGACAGAAGAGAGCAUGGCCGACAGGUUGGCCUCUGAUCUUCACAUGGUUUACAUGGCGAUCCAGACCAUAUCUGACUUGUACAACGGCCUGGAAGAUGACAGCCAGGAGAACGUGUUUGUAUGGAACUUGGCGGCCCAGACUCAGCUGGUCAAAGCCACCACAGCCAUCGAGAGUGCAGUGUUUGUUACCAUGCAGUGGUUGGCCAGCAUUAAACCCUCCUCUGGCCUGCUCUGCUCCAUUGCUGAAGAUCUCAAGAGCCAUGUCAAGAAGAUGGGAGGAUUCUUCCAGCUGUUCAUUCAGGGGUGUGAAUCUGAGAUCACAUCGAUGGUGACAGAGGCACAGAAGAAGAGCAGCCAGUGUUUGGAUGCAGCAUUGCUCGCACUUGGCCACCUGGCGGCAAUGACAGGCAUGCCGCUGAAUGCCGUGGAGAAGGCUGCACAAGCCACAGGCAAGAAAUCCAUUGUAAUGUGUCUGCUAAAGGGGACCAAUAAGGGUGUCAACUCACUUUUAGAGGAGAGCCUCACUAUCACCAGAGAAAUGCUCAGGGAGGCUCAGCUGGCUUAUCCCAGGAACCAAGUCCUGCAGAGCCUUAAAUCCAAGAUGCUUGAUUUAGCACGUGCUAUGCAGAACUUCAUGCAUAUCCAUAUCACGGAGAGGCAGACUGACCCAGCAGAGUGGGAGGAGGAGGCCUCAGCCUCCCAUUUGCAGAGUCUGACAACUACAGCGACAAAGCUGUUCCAGCUGAACCAGGCCAUGAGACAGCUGCAUUCCUCUGUGUCUUCAACACUACAAGGAAAAGACAGAGUCUCCAAUCUCAGCAGCUGCAGAGAGCUGAUCUCUUCCUCUGCCAAGGCUGUGGAUGAGCUGGUCACUGAUCUAUCCAAGGAGGGGGCAUUGGCGCUUGCCUUGCAGCUUCCCUGUCUUGAGAGCGUCAUCGCCACACGAGACGAACUCCUCUCUGCCCUGCAGUCUCUGUCCUCGUCCUGGAACCAACACGGGGCAGGGGAACGAAGAAACUCGGCUACUUCAGAUAAGAGCCUAGAAGACGAAAGCAUAUCCAAAGACAGUGCUGCCACUCACAGGGCUGUUAAAAACCGAGUCAUUAGUAAGGUCGUGUACGCCCUCCCUUCAGGUGUAACGUUUAAAGGCAGCGCUAACUGGGUGUGACUUUUAUUUAUAUAAUAUUAUUGUGUGAUGUGCUCACAUUGUGUACAAUUUACUGUAAAAAUUUACCGGUGACACCGAAAAACUUUGAGGUAACACUUCUUCUAGUAAUAACAAGUUUGCCGUAAAUAAGACAGACGUAUAAAGGAGAGUGUUGCCAACCAGGUUGAUUAAAAAAAAAAACACAUUCACAACCAUCACUGCUUUUACAAUAUAAAAUAUAUAUGGGUUAUAAAAAGCCAUGUUGUCAAAAAUGAACUGCAGGUUUUUUCCAAGUCUAGUAUGAAUCGGCUUCGAGCUAUGAGGUUUUUUUGGAUACAUGUGGGGUAUAGGAGGAUGUAAGGAUGAUGUUCACUUAUCAUGUACCAGGCUGUCUCUGUUGUACUUUACAUUUCAGAGGAUAAUACAUUUUCCUUUGUUUGGUUUUAUUAAUUAAAUAAUUUAAGAUUUCUAUAUAAAGCAACUCAGGUAGGAGUAUGGAAAAAAAUGAUGUAGAGCUUCCUUCUCAUUCUCUGCUGUAUAUGACUUCUCUCUUGUGAAAAGGCUUUUUUUUUCUCAUUCACAAAGUUUUUUUUUUUGUUUUUUUUUAAAUGUAUGUAUAACACUCGCUGCUUCUAUUUGCACUCAGAGGAAACAUAUGCUGUGUUUCUUCAAAAAUAUAUGUCCUUUUAACAAAGCAUUUUUUAAUGUAUUUUAAGUCUUUUGUUUCCUUUAGUAGAUGGUCAAAAAAUGUAGCAAACUUCACCUCUGCAAUAAAUGAAUGUGUCUUCAUUUAA